ACACAUAAGGACUUCACGGAACAGAUAGCAAAUUCAAGAAUUAUGUUGUCAAUUUUCGCGUUCGUAACUUUAGCAUUUCAGGCAUGUCAAGGGGUUACAGUAACCCAGCAGCCGGCUAAUUCUGCAGUAGAGAUAGGACAAAAUGUGACGAUAGCCUGUAUGGUCACAAAUAAGGGAGUCAGCGAAAAUGUUCAAUGGAAAAUGAGAGCCAAUGGAACAUCGACGUUUAACGCUAUCACAUUCAAUGAAAAUGUUCUCGGUGACGCCACCAAGUACGCCGUCGUCAGCACCUAUAACUUGACCGUAAUUAACGCUGCAACAGCCGACGAGGGAACAUACAGGUGUACCGCCGGCACCCUUGAUUAUGACGCCCAGCUUACGGUCGUUGAUCUCCCAAACGCUGUUGCCAUCGCAUGGGGAGGCAGCCCUGACGCCGGAAAUACAGUUAAUCUAACAUGUACUGCUACAAAUGGUCGACCAACCCCUAACAUUCGCUGGAUUAUCAAUGGUGUAGAUAUGUCGGCCUCUGGUAUUCUGGAAACUAAUUCAGUUACUGCAAGCGGUUACGGAAACAGUGUGAGCAACCUGCCAUUGGUUUUAAAUUCCAACAUGAAUGGUAACCUAGCAACGUGUUACGUAGCAUACGAUGGCUGGGAUGACGCAAUGAACGCCACAUAUAUCUUAAAUAUCAAUGGUGGUGCCAGUUUACAAAUGUCGGGACUUAUAAUGUCGGCUAUUGUUGUCAUUCUAGCCGUCAUGUAAAUAAACGUGGAAAUGAGUUUUAUAGUGGCAGCCAUGAUUGUUUGAACAAAGUGAACGCUUGAUGGUUUGGUGCGUGCACAGAACAUUAAAGUAGUAAACACAAGAUGUAGAAAAUAAAGCAUUAAUAAACUGACAAUUG